ACUCACUGAGUCCUAACUAGUCCUUAUCAUUAGUGAUGAUCAGAAUAGAGAACUGCCGCGCCAAUACUAUCCCCUUGCUUUCUAAUGUAGUGAAGUGACUUCCGCAAAAUUCUUGUUAUAGUAAAAAGGAGGUAUGUUUCGCUUAUAAAGAAUAUAAUUUUUAAUCCCCUAAGACAAGGAGAAACUUUGUAAGAAGGGUUCAGAGGUACCAAGGUAGAGAUUCUAAUAAGUUGGAUGACGUAGAUGUAUUUUCGCAAGGUUGCUCCUAUAGCUGCAUAACUUAGGGUUAUGCUACUAAAGAGUACCCAAAAAAAUAAGCCUUAGAGGUACCUUACAGAAGCUUAUCACUCCAUCUAACAUCCUAACCGCAAUCUUGUUUCAUCCCACUACAUCGACCUAAUCGGUCAUAUACACCCCCAUCUCUCGCGACCCUCGAUACAACAUCCUACGAAACCCACCUAGAGACAGAAAUCCAUUCCACGUCUAUCCCACCGACCGAUCCCACCGGACCAACCGCCCCACCGCCACGAUGCAGGGCUUCAACAUGGGGCGCUACGUGCCCCCCGACGUAGAAGGGACCACGACCGGCAACAAGCUGCACAAGAAGCGCCCGCCCGGAUUCUCCGGUGGCCAACAGACAGUACGCUUCGAGAUGCCCUUCGCGAUCUGGUGCGCGCACUGCCCGCAGCCCACGCUCAUCGCGCAGGGCGUGCGCUUCAACGCCGCGAAGCGCAAGGUCGGCUCGUACUUGUCGACGCCCAUCUUCGCCUUCCGCCUCUCGCACGCCGCGUGCGGCGGCGCCAUCGAGAUCCGCACCGACCCGCAGCACACGACGUACACGGUGACGGAAGGGGCGCGGCGGCGCGACACCGGCUCCCCCGAUCCGUUGUCCUCCUCUUCGACGCUGCUGCUCCUCACAGACAACAAAGAACGCGAGGACCAGCGCGCCAGCGCGUUCGCCAAGCUCGAGAAGACGAUCGCGGACCGGACGGCGGCCGCGGGCGCGCGGGAGCGCAUCGACGAGCUGGCGCGGGCGAGCGCCGCGCGGUGGGAGGACCCGUACGAGCGCAACCGGCGGCUGCGGGCCGCGUUCCGGGCCGACCGGAAGGAGCGCGAGAGGGACGGCGCGGCCGCCGAGGACCUGCGCGAGAGGAUGAGCCUAGGGAUCGAGCUGCUGCCCGCGAGCGACGAGGACGCGAGGAGGGCGGCGCUCGUCGACUUCGGCCCCUCGUCGGCGGAGGAUCCUGCCGCGGGCGGCGGGGCGAUGGGGCGCAACAAGGCGCUUGCGAAGCCGUUGUUUUUUACGAGUUCAGGUAGCAACAACAGUAGUAACAAUAACGAUAACAAAAAUAAUAGCGCGGAUAUGAAGGACGAUAAGAAGAAGAAGAAGACGAAGGACAAGAAGCUCAAAUCCGAAGUCGCCGCUGCCCAGAUGCGAGACAGUCUGGUGUCGGAGAUCGUUGGGAACACGCGGGUGGCCCAAGACCCGUUCCUGUCGCUGGACCGCAGCAAUGGGGAUACCAAUAAGGGACCGGCCAGGAUUGCUGGUAUCAAGAGGAAAAGGCAGGAAUCAGAACUUCAAAAACAAGAGGAAUCCAAGCCGCCCGAAAAGGGGGAGGCAGCUGAUAUGGAGCAGGAAGCGAAAGGUAUAGUAUCGUUGACGUCGUUGGUCGAGUAUGAUUCAGAUUAG